AUGGACGAAGAUGGGGUUAUAGAAAACUUAUAUUAUGAUGGAGAAUUAGAAAAAGAUGACAAAACAUACAAUAUUUUUCGACAAAGUACUUCGGGGAAAGUUUUGCAUAUCAAUGAAAAAAAUCGUUGUUUUAAAAACCCUAAUAUUAGUGAUGAAGGACCUUAUAGAAUUCGAGUAAUGACUAAAAAAACUUUCUAUGAAAUUUACGACCAUAUUCACAUUGGUAACUUACGUUCAGUGAUUAUUUUUGAUAUCCUUCAUCGUCUCUUAUUAUGUUUAAAGGUUAAAGUUAACUACGUCCAAAACAUCACUGACAUUGAUGACAAAAUAAUUGCCAAAGCCCAGCAAGAAAAAAAAAACGAAAAGGAAAUUGGCGAUUAUUAUACUCAAGCUUAUCUGAAUAAUUUGACCCUUUAUAAUAUCCUCCCUCCUAAUCAUUCACCGCGAGUAACUAACUAUGUUCCUCAGGUCCAAGAAUUCAUUAAAAACGUGUUAGAAAAGGGUCUUGCCUACCAAUCAGCAGAAGAAGUUUUUUUCGGCAUUGAAGGUAACCAGGAAUAUGGUAAGCUUUCCGGGCAAAAUCUAGAAAAAUUGAAAAGUGAGCGGCAAUUAGUUACCGAGAAUAAGAAAAAUGAUCGGGAUUUUGGUCAAACUAUUGAUAUCCAUGGUGGUGGUAACGAUUUACUAUUUCCUCAUCAUGAAAAUGAAAGAAUUCAAUAUUUAGCCCAUAAUGGCAAAGAAUUAACUGAACAAUUUGCCCAAAAAUACGACCCUAAUGCCUUACGCUACUUAAUUUUAAACAGCCAUUAUAACCAGGUAAUUAAUCUUACUGAGGAAUUAAUCCAACAAGCAGUUGAUUAUAUUGAAAAAAUUAAAAAUCUGCUUAAAAAACUGAAUUUUUGUUUAUACCUGGAAAAAUUAAAAAUUCCCAAACAAGAAGUGCUGAAAAAAAAUGAAACAGUUAAUAGUUUAUUGAAUAAUCUUAAUACUAUUAAAGUUCUUUAUUUUUUAGAAGAAAUAAUUACUCUUCUUAACAAAAGUAUCGACAAAAAAGAAACAAAUAAUACUGAGUUUUUAGAAGCAGUUGGGAGUUUUUAUUUUUUUCUUGAUAUAUUAGGGUUCAAGUUUAGACUACCGACUUAUGAUUUAGAAAUCAGAUUAUUGAUUAAAAAAUGGCAAGAUUUGCGAAAAAGAGAAAAGAAAAACCAAAUCAUACGAAUUCCUUUACAAAAGAAAAUAACCAAGUCAGGUAAAAAAGAAAUAGUUAAAGAAGGCGAUGAAAUAGUUAUCGAUAAAGUAUUAGAAAAAGAUGAAGAAUUCGGUCAGCCCUUUUUGCCCAUUAAACUGAUUGGAAAAAAAGUGAGAGAAAUUAAAAUACCAUUUACCAAAAAUAAACUUUCUCAUAUCCCGGCUAGCAAAUUAUUACCUGGAACCCGUGGUUUCGAACUGGAAAUUGCUACUAAUUUUCUAGUUUUUGAUUUGGCUGGUUCUUUUGAAAAGGCAGUUCCGCCGGCUGACAGCUUUGAUAAUCAUAUCGAUAAAACCAAACCAGAAGUUGCGGUAAAUUUUAAAAGUUUGGUUAUAUUCUUUGAACCAAAAUUCAGUGGAAUAAUUAAAUUGACUACUUCCCAAAGUCCUAAUGGACCCGAAAUUCCCCAAAAUAUUUCUCAAAUCCGAAAUAAUGCUAUUAUGGCUAUUAAACAAGCUCUUAAUUCUGAACCAAAACUAACUAAUAGCAAUUUAAACGACCAAAAACAAACUGAAAUUCCUGAAAAAGGUAAAAAAAAUAAUCCAGAAAAUUCUACUGAGUUAGAAACAAAAAAAGAAGAAAACAUAGCGGAAUUAAGGAAAGAAAUUGAAAACUUAAAAAACCGAAAUCUUCUUUUGCUAGCCGAUAUUGACAACCAAAGGAAACUACAUGCCAAAGAAAUGAUUGAGAUGGCAAAGCGUAGCAAUGAAAAAUUACUCCAACAACUCCUUUUUUUCCCGGAUAAUUACGAAAUGGCACUCCAGGCUAGUCAGAAAGACCAAGACCCUAAAGUUCAAAAUUUUGUCAUUGGCUUUCAGAUGAUUUUUAACGAAUUCCGAAAUUUCUUGCGGAAACAAGGAGUAGAGGAAAUAAAAGUUGUUCCUGGCAAGGAUACUUUUGAUGGUUCCCUACAUCAAACCCUUGAAGAAAGUAAUGAUUCGGAAGGAGUUAUUUUAAAAGUUUUGCGAAAAGGCUAUAAAAUUCAUAAUCGAGUUUUACGACCUGCUACUGUAGAAAUUGGUAUUGACCUAGGAACAACUAAUUCCUGUGUUGCCGUUUCCCAGCGGGACGGGGCUAAAGUUAUUUCGAAUAUUGAAGAAGUAAAAGGAACCACUACUCCUUCGGUGGUCUCUUUUAAAAAUGGAAAAAAAGAAGCAGUCGGAAAUGCUGCCAAAAGACAGGCAAUCAUCAGGCCAGAGGAAGAAGAAUAUUCACCGCAACAGAUUUCGGCUUUUGUGCUUGAAAAAAUGAAAAAAGUUGCUGAAGACUAUUUAGGAGAAACUGUCCAAAGAGCAGUAAUCACUGUGCCUGCCUAUUUCAAUGAUGAACAAAGGCAAGCAACUAAAGAUGCUGGAAAAAUUGCCGGAUUACAAGUAGAAAGAAUUAUCAACGAACCAACUGCAGCUGCCUUAGCUUAUGGACUUGACAAAAGUGAAAAUCAAAAGUCUCAAACCAUCGCAGUAUUUGACUUAGGUGGAGGAACAUUUGACAUUUCAAUAAUUGAACUUGAUAAAGGAGUUUUUGAAGUAAAAGCAACCAAUGAAUUUAAAAGAGAGCAAGGAAUUGAUCUUGGAAAGGAUAAAACAUCUCUCCAACGCCUAAAGGAGGCAGCCGAAAAUGCUAAGCAUGAUCUCUCUUCAGAGAAUAAAGAAGAUACUGAUAUUAUGCUUCCCUUUAUUUCCGCUGAUGCUUCCGGUCCAAAGCAUUUUAAUAAAAAACUUUCGCGUGAGAAUUUAGAGAAACUCGUUAAAGACCUUUUAGAAAAAUUGAUUUCGCCUUGUAAAAAAUGUCUUAAAGAUGCUGGACUUGAGAAAGUUGAUAAGGUUAUUUUGGUCGGAGGUAUGACCCGCAUGCCGGCAGUCAGAAGGAAAGUAAAAGAAAUUUUUGGGAUAGAUCCGGAAAAGUCAGUUAAUCCUGAUGAAGCAGUGGCAGUGGGAGCAGCUAUUCAAGGAAGCAUUUUAGUUGGAGAUACCAAGGACAUUCUUUUGCUGGAUGUUGCCCCUCUUUCUCUGGGAAUCGCAGUAAGAAGUGCCAAAGGUGAAGAGGAAGAAAUGAAAGUGCUGAUUCCUCGUAAUACCACUAUUCCAACCCAAAAAUCUGAAAUAUUUUCCACCGCCGAAGAUAACCAGCCUAGCGUGCAUAUUCAGGUUCUUCAAGGAGAAAGACCUCGAGCUCGAGAUAAUGCGGUUUUAGGAACAUUUGAAUUAUCUGGUAUUGAGCCAGCUCCUUCUGGUGUACCUCAAAUUGAGGUUACUUUUGAUAUUGAUGCCAAUGGCAUAGUCAAAGUUUCGGCCAAAGACAAGAAAACUAACAAGGAGGCAAAUAUUACUAUUGCAGGUAAUAGCGGACUCAGCAAGGAAGAAAUUGACAAAAUGGUUGAGAAAGCAGAAAAGGAAAAAGAGGAAAAUAGGGAAAAGGAUGAAGCUUAUGCUCGAAACUUAACUAAUGAAUUAGAACAGAAAUAUCCUAAAAAGGAGGAAGAAAAAAAUGGAAAAGGAGAUGCUGACGGUGUUCAUCCUGAACCGGAAGACAAAGAUAAAAAAUAG